UUGUUGCCUUAUCAAUCUUUAAACGAAGUCCAAAGUGUUACCGAUUUCUCAGAAAGGUAUUGAUAUUGCCGGCACCACAAACACUUGCGAAAGUGUUACAAAAAGCAUAUGUAACACCUGGUAUCAAUGAAAAAAUGUUCAGUCAAUUAAAGGAGGUAUCAAAAAAAAUGAAAAUAGAAAACAAAUUGUGUGCAGUCAUAUUCGAUGAGAUGGCGCUUAAAGCCAACAUAUCCUUCAAUCAAAGAAGAGAUUUAAUUACAGGAUUUGUUACUAAUGGUGCAGAUACAAAACCUGAUUUCUCUGACCAUGCACAGGUAUUUAUGCUCAGAGGCAUUGUGAAAAAUUACAAACAAGCUGUGUCAUACACAUUUUCUGCAGCUGCAACAAAAGGCCCAGAGUUGGCAAAGCAACUGAAAGCUGUAAUUAAGAAGGUUAUAGAGGCAGGCUUCAUUGUGGUUGCAACUAUUUGUGACCAAGGAACAAAUAACCGUCAAGCUAUAAACAUUUUGAUGGAAGAGACACAUGCUGCUUCAUUGAGAUUGGGAAAUGAGCCAAAGGACAACACCUUUAUAGUCGAUGGACAUGAAAUUGUACCAUUAUAUGACCCACCACACUUGUUGAAGUGCAUAAGGAAUAAUCUUAAGACAAAAAAUUUAACAUAUAAUUUUGAUGGUCAAGAACAUAUAGCAAAAUGGGAUCAUAUAUACGAAUUACAUAAAGCAAAUCCUAUAUAUAAAGGCUUGCGGCUUGUGUCAAAACUGACAGACUACCAUGUCGUUCACAGCAAGAUACCCAAAAUGAAAGUGAAAUUUGCUAGCCAACUGUUCAGCCGAACUGUAGGUGCAUGGGUUAUCUUGCAGUUUUGUUAUUCCGGAUACAUAAAUAGCAGCCCUCGUAUAAGGAGUCAUGGGUGCCAAAAUAAUAACCCAACACCCGAAAAUUUCAGUAGUGCAUUUACCACUCUUUUAAUAAAUAAUAUGUCCAGCAUCCAUGCCCCGGGCGCGAGAAUGAUUUUGGAAAAAAUCUACAUUCACUUAUAAUCACCGAAAAUGCCACUGAAAGUAAAGUCUGCGAAUUUGAGAAUAUACCGGAUAUUGAUAUUGUUGACUUGGAUCAAAAAACAGAUCCACGAAUAUUGGGGCCACUACAAUAUGUAACUGGGUAUUUUGUACGUAAUGCGAAAAAGAAAAUAUUUCAAUCCUGCAAGGUAUGUAAUAAAAAUGUGGUGGCCUCAGAACCCUUGGAAUAUAUAAAAUAUAGAGAAUUCGCAGGUAAACAGUGGCUCUGCAGCCCAACAAAAGAAGUAUUACAAUGCUUUUCAGCAAUACAAGAUAUUCAAAUUGUAUUAAAAAAAGUGCUUCGUAUUUAUAAUAAUCUUAAGCAAUUUUUAAAGACCUUAAUUUUAAUUAAUAUAGAUUUUGAUUUUUUAAAUUGUGCAGAACACAAAGAAAAAUUAAUAGAUUAUAUAAUUGAUUCUUCUUGUAAUUUUUUUAUAUAUCAUUAUUGCAAAAUAUAAAUAGAAUUUUAAACGGAAUUAAGGAUGUAGAUGAUCCUGAAGAUUACUUUCAAGACAAGGCUAGAGUGCAAAAUAAAAAAAUGUUAAAAAAACGAUGAGUUGCAAGUUACAACUCAUCGUUUUUUAAACAUUUUUUUACAACUUGCAAUGGAUUUUACUGAGAAAUAGUAUAACAUUAUUACAAGCAAAAUUAUAAUUAUAACGUAACCCAGAAUAUUGUGUAUAUUUUAAAAUUUAAGAUUUUUCUCAUUAUAAUUGUUAUGAGUAUAAUAUUUAAAAAUCAAAAAUAAAAACAUAUUUUAAGCUGCAAUUGAAAAACCACUAAGAUUUUGAAGUUUGGUGUGAUGUUGUUAUGUUUCGUAAGCAUCCUGAUUUAUUAUUAUAUUGAUUAAACCGUUGAUAAGUAGAUAUUAUUAUUAUUGUAAACCUUAUGUUCAUUAUUUAUUAUACUAUCAGGACAACGUAUUGACCGUGAACAUGAAUAAAUUGUUUUUAAUUGCUUACUUCUUAUAUUUUUAUUAUGUAUUUUUUAUUGUAAACUUAAUAUUUUUGUUUACAAUAAAGAAAUCACAUUUUACGAUCCCUUAUAGAAUAAAUUACUAGGUAUAUGGAGAUUUACUAUGUAGGUAUGUAUAGUACAACUACGGUGCACAUAUAGAACCUAUACAUAUAUAGAUUGUGGAAAAGUUGUCAUGCCUUAUUCAUAGAUGGCAGUAUUUAUGUGUUUCCUUUUCAAGGCGCUGAGAGAGGUCUCUAUUUCAUUAUAAAUAGAAAGUACUCUGUGGGUGACAGUGACACUUCUUCGGCGUCUGUCAUUCGACAUAGAAACAGGCGCCACCUGUAUUUCCAACUUUAAAACUUUUAUGCAUUGCCAGCUAUUUACCAAAAAAUAUAUUUGUUGGAAUAAAUAAUAUAAUACAAAUUAAUACGUAGAAAAAAACCACAAUUAUAAUAAAUACGGUCUUGUUUUUUUUUAUUAAUAAAUUUUUUAUUCUUUCAAACGUCUGACAAGUGGCCACAUUACAUGUAAUUGCGCCUUUAAAAACUUGUAUGCCACACGAAAAUUGCCGCUGGCACCGCCGUGUUUUUUGUUUAUUUCGUGUGCUAGUGGUACCUAUUUUAGAUAUUUUAACUUACAGAAUUUUAUAUUUUAACUUAACAGAAAAUAAAUGAAAUAUUAAUUA